AUGUUCGUAUCGUUCUUGUUGUCCCCUUGGACACUUUUGCUUGUGCCCAUCGUUUACUACGUCCUUCCGUAUCUACGGAACUGGGCCCUCUUGAAAGUCCCCGGACCCCUACCAGCCGCCCUCUCCAACCUAUGGCUCAUGUACCAGUGCCGCCGAGGACGACGGUACCAGGCUGUGAACGACCUCCACAAGCAAUAUGGCAAAGUCAUACGGAUACAGCCCAAUCAUGUGUCGAUUGCCGACGACUCGGCCAUCAACACCAUCUACGGCCACGGCAAUGGAUUUCUGAAGAGGCAAUGUGCGGUAUCCAGCGAGUACUACGAUGCGUUCGUGUCUAUUCGUCGCGGCCUCUUCAAUACACGAGACCGGGCCGAGCACACGCGCAAACGGAAAGUCGUCAGCCACACCUUUUCGGCCAAAUCCAUCGGCCAGUUCGAACAAUACAUCCACGCGAACCUGGAACUGUUUGUGCAGAAGUGGAACAAACUCUCCGACACACGCGCCAACCCAAGCACUGGCUACGCUUCGAUUGACGCCCUCAACUGGUUCAACUACCUCGCCUUCGACAUCAUCGGCGACCUGGCCUUCGGCCAACCGUUCGGCAUGCUCGAGCGAGAGAAGGACUACGCAGAGAUCCGACGCUCUCCCGACGCUCCUCCGACGUCUGCACCGGCCAUCGAAGUCCUCAACCGCCGGGGCGAAGUGUCUGGAACUUUGGGGUGUCUGCCCCAACUGAAGCCGUGGGCCAAGUACCUUCCCGAUCCGUUCUUCAGCAAGGGCGUCGAGGCCGUCGAGAACCUCGCGGGCAUCGCGAUCGCACGUGUCAAGCAGCGCCUGGACAACCCGACUACGGACCGGGUCGACCUCCUCGCGCGCCUGAUGGAAGGCAAAGACGCCAAGGGCGAGAAACUGGGCCGCGAAGAGCUGACGGCCGAAGCCCUCACGCAGCUGAUCGCCGGCUCCGACACAACCAGCAACACGGCCUGCGCGAUCCUGUACUACGUCGUGCGCACGCCGGGCGUCCUCGAGACGCUCCAGAAGGAACUCGAUGAGAACAUCGCGCCCGGUGUUCCCAGCUACGAAGCCGUCAAGGACCUGCAGUACGUGCAGUGGGUGAUCAACGAGACGAUGCGGAUCCACAGCACGUCGUCCCUGGGCCUGCCUCGUCUCGUCCCCGGCGCCACCCCGGAGAACCCCAACCCGCAGGGCAUCGAGAUUCUGGGAUACCACUUCCCCCCGGGCACGGCGCUGAGCGUGCCGAGCUACACGAUCCACCACAGCAAGGAGAUCUGGGGCCCCGACGCCGACGACUUUGUGCCCGAGCGCUGGUCCGAGAAGAGACUGACGCCGCGACAGAAGGACGCCUUCAUCCCCUUCAGCACCGGUCCGCGGGCCUGUGUCGGGCGGAACGUCGCCGAGAUGGAACUCAAGUGUAUGGUCGCCACGGUGUUUAAGAACUUUGAGUUCCGAGACGAGCACGCUGGGCCCAUGGAGACGAGAGAAGGAUUUCUCAGAAAACCGCUUGGGUUCAACGUCGGCUUGAGGAGGAGGGUUUCUUGA